UCAGCACGGUAGCAGCUCGAGCUUCAACACCUGCUGAGGAGGAAGAGGACAAAAUAACCUGAACACCAGCUCCAGUGAAACAUGAGGAACUCUCUGACGGCCUGUUUGUUUUUAACUUUAUUAUUAAUUAAUUCUGUCAGUGUGUCGUUUCGUGGCCCUCCUGAGGACCUGGAGGCUUCAGGAUCUGAACUGGACAGUUCUGGUUCUGGUUCAGGGGACUUGUCAGAACAAGGUGGAAUGAAAAAGGAUCAGCCCAACAGCAAAGAUGUCCGAAUUAUUACAGCAAACUCAGGAACCAAGAACACUUUCCAUGAUUCUUCGGUCCUGAACUUUGACAAAGACGGCAAAUCAGGAUUCAUCGUUGUGGCAAACAGCAAGAGUUUCCUGGAGAGGAAAGAAAUCUUUGCAGCUGUUGUUGCAGGAGGAGUAGUAGGAGCGGCGCUUGCAAUUGCUCUGGCAGGACUAUUAAUCUACACCUGGCAGAAGAAAGAUAAUGUAGGAUACGUUUAGGGCCAGACGAGGGCUUCAGACUGAGAUUAUCACCGACACAACACGGAAGAAGCUUUUGUUUAAUUUCAAACUUUAACACCAAUGUUUGUGAUCUAAAGUGAUGCUGCCAGGCCAGUGUCUGUGGUCGUGUCUAGAAGGUAACCCACAAAUUGCGAAAACUGUUUUUUCUUGCACUUAAUUCAAAUGCACCUGCAGUUGUUCAUUCAUAAUUUAUUUAUAUUUAUUGAAUUGAAUAAACUUAUUUUACAUUUUAUUUAAAUUUAAAAAAUGGUAAAAAAUAAAAAAUAAAAUAAACAAUAAAUAACAGUGAAUAUAUACAACAGCAACAUAAAUUAACAUUCCAUGUCCAUUUUUUUUUGAUAGAAUAUGUAGAAUUGUCUUUAUUUACUGUCUUUAACAAAGAUUUGAGAAUGCUUUUUUGUACACACUUAGUAGGUAACAUUAGCCCCGUUUCCACUACAGGAACUUUCCCCUGGAACUAUAGGAACCUUUUAAGGAACUCAUUGCAUUUAGACCGCAGGGACCAGGGUUUACAUUAAGUUCCGGGGACAUUUUAUCCCCCAAACAGGCCCUGGUUGGGGGGUAGUACUUCUGAAAGUACAGGAACUUUCAAGGUGGAGUUUGCAGGGAUGAUUGUCGCUGAUUGGUGGAACUUCAACUGUAGCGCUUCAUUCAUAAACAAGGAAAUACUCUAGUAUAGAUUUAGGACCAUUUUAGGAUGAGGGGAGAACAUUUAUCCCUGUUUGAUAACAUUAAAAGUAACGUUAGACUCUGUCGUCGGCCUCCUGACUCGUUAAAAAAAAAGACAGAGAGAAUAAGAGAGAGAGAACGUUAGAAGAAGGAGACAGCAACUAUUUUCUGAUUAUUUCACAGCAGUUUUGUUCUAAAGCACAAAUAAAUAACCAUCGAACACUCAAUAGAUGAUUUACUGUGGAGAAAGACACUUUCAUUUUCCUCCUCUGCCAGCGUGCAUCAGUAAAUACUAUACAAAAUACUAUGUAAAUACUACAUUUAGGUGGAAACCUGGCAGUUGAGGACACUGAUGUUUUGCUGCUAAAGUUUAACUUUCAGUUUUUGCAGUCAGCAGGUGUAUAUAUAUUAUGAUCUUAUUUGACUUGUUGUGUGUACAGUUGAAAGAAGAUGGUCAUAGAUGCAAUAUGUGAUUAAUUAUCAACCAUGUAUAAUACACUUUGCUGCUGUUAUUGUUUUGAAAGUGGCAGCUUUCUGUGCUUCUGUGCACACACUUUUCACUUUUAGCAUCUAAAUUAAAAAAAAUAAGACCUAGAGUCACUUUACGAGAACUGUUUAUACAGAAAAUGCUUGAUAGCUUUUUUUCACAGGUUGUACCAGAAAUACUUGAUCCACUGUUAAAUAGGGAAACCUCAGUGUCAUCCCUCAUUACAGUACAGGUAGCUAAAUAAUCCAUGUGAUAUAAGGUAUGAAUGAAGUAUGUAUCUAUGGGGAAACUCAUUUGAGGGUGUUUAUUAAAUGUAAAUGACAAUGAUUACGUAAUGAUGAUCAGCUGCUACAAUAAUCUCGUCUAGAUAUUUACCAUGAAAUGAUAUUUUUGUAUUACAUAAUUGUUAAUAAAUUUAGAACUUUUAAUCAUCAA